AGUCAUUCUGUUUCUAUGAUUUCGGUCCUUUUAUAAAGCCUUUGGUUUAUUGAACAAUUCUGAGCAGCACUGUAGGAAGGACAAUCAAGGUACUGUUACUGAAUACCCUUGUUUUCUAUUGCACUAUAUUUUGAAAUCUAUUGAAACCAUAUACAUAUGCUUGAAAUAUGUGAACUCGUCAUUGGUAAUAGCACAUUUGACAGCCAUACAAUUUGCAGUGCAGAAAAGAGCAACAAUGAAAUGUCGCUAUGUUCUUCGGCCACCCACCAUAAUAAAUAAAACAACGGAGCUUAUUUAUCUAUGUCUAUGUCUAAGAAAGCUGAGGAUACACACGCACACACACACACACACACACACACACACACACACACACACACACACACACACACACACUCAGUGCUUUUGUUCAUGCUGGGAUCCUGAGUGCUGUGGUUAAGAGCAGGCUGGCAACUGAGCCCAGUUUUGCAGUCUUGUGCAUUCUCAAGGACGUGCCUGGAGUGGACAAAUCAUGCUCAUUGGGUGGGAGAGGGACUCAGCGCUUUACCCAAGAUGAAGGGGGAGAGGAGGAAGACUUCCUUGAAAGAAGAAACAGCUAUUCCUUCACUAUUUUCACUCUUCGGCCUACUCCUUUUUUUCCAGGCAGUCAGAGUGGCCGGCGUCAACAUCACCAGUCAGGCUCAUCUGGUCCGAGGCACGUUGGGUGGAGAGGCCCUCCUCUCCGUCAGCUACACCAGCACUAGCUCUGACCAACCGGUCAUCAAGUGGCAGCUGAAGAGGGACAAGCAGCAGCCCAUCACCGUAGUCCAGUCCAUAGGCACCAGCAUCAUCGGGAAUCUGCGGCCCGAGUACAGGGACCGCAUCAUGGUGUUUGAGAACGGCACCUUGCUCCUCCACAACCUGCAGCUGUCUGACGAGGGGGCCUAUGAAGUGGAGAUCUCCAUCACAGACGAUCCCUUCACUGCGGAGCGCAACAUCAACCUCACCGUAGAUGUACCUGUGUCCAGACCCUUCGUCCAAAUGAUAGCCUCCUCGGUGCUGGAGUUGAGUGAACUCUUCACCUUACACUGUUCCCACGGCGAUGGCACCAAGCCCACCUAUGGCUGGCUGAAAGGGGGAAAGGUGCUGACCAAUGACUCACGCUUGCUCCUGUCACAUGACAUGAAGUAUCUGACCAUCGCCCGGGUGCUGAUGUCAGACGAUGACUUCUACAGCUGUACAGUGGAGAACCCAAUAAGCAGCAUGAGGAGUGUACCCGUCAAACUCACCGUCUACAGACGGAGUUCCCUGUAUAUCAUCCUCACCACCGGGGGCAUUUUCCUCCUCAUCACCCUGGUGACAGUGUGCGCCUGCUGGAAGCCCUCCAGAAAGAAGAAGGGGCGGGCUGCCAUGGCAGCUGCGUUGCAGAGAUCUCCGGUAUAUGUAGAGCGGAGUGACGUCAGUCAUGAGGUUGAUGUGGUGCCAACAACAAUAGCCCAUGGAACACCUGGCCGUAGGAGCCCAAUGGCUCUUUACGUUCUCAAUGAAGAUGACAGUCUCAAAAGUGAGGACGAGUAUUCAGCCAACUCCAUCAGCCUCUCAGUCCUCGCCCCGCCCGGUUACCCCAGCCCCCUUCCACUGUCCUCCCACUCACCCGAGUCACCCACCCGGCCUGUCCGAAAAUAUCCCCAUACCCCUGUGCCCUCGCCCCCUACCACCCCACUUAGGCCCCCUGGCCAGCCACCUGUCAUGCCCUCAACUCCACCGCCUGGUUCACCUCCACAUGUCCAGAGCUCUGGGCAUAAACUUCGCCCUCCUGUGGGCAUCCCCUCCAAUCGACAGACAGAGGAGCCCCCGGCCACCCCAGAGGCCGACGACCAGGAUUAAUGUCUAAAUGACAACCCCCACUCACCUGUCACUGCUUUUCACCUGUAGAAUUCAUCCACAUCUAUCCAUGGACAUGUGUGCAUUAUCUUGUCUUGUUUAGUUGAGUUUUGGUGUAAAGAUAUUUGUUACACCAGGAUCACCUGCUCUGAUCAUGGUUUUCCUAUACCCCUGGAUACGUUGGUCAUUUUCCCCACCAAGGUUUAAAAACAUGAAACAUCGUUCAUACUGCACAACGCCGCUGUGAGGUUGUUUCAGGUGUGAAUCGACUAGGAUCAAUGGCCUCCAUGUAGCCUGACUCUAGAUCACUUUGUGCUUUAGCCAACUCCUCUCUGCUGUGGUGACGAUGAUAGUCAGAACACAUACAGAUCUGGGACCAGGCUAACCCCCGUGGCUAUUCUGAUGAACUCAUGUAACAUCUCCACACACCUUUCUAGUACAGUAUCCACCAAUCAUUUUGGGGGGUGGGGGGCAAGCAAUGUAUGGCAGUUGCCACAUGGUAAGGAGCAAGGGGGAUGUAAGUGGCCACAGUCAAUUUACACUGGGAUCUGGAUAUGUUAUUUCUUGAAAGUUAAGGUAAUGAUAAUGCGUGGAGUGCAAUUAGUUUGAUUUGCUACUUCCAGUAGAGGUAAUGGGGAAGGGGGUCACAAAGAAACAGCCAUCCGAAGCCUUGGACUCAUUAUGUACAUAUGUCAAUAGUGUAUGUGAUGUUCUUAGAAUUGUUUUGGGGACCUUUUACCUCCAAAUACAUUUUUUUUAAUAACAUUUCAUCCUAAAACCGUCUUUCUAGUCCAUGUUUCAAAAUGAAGUAUGCCAUUUUAUAACCUCAAAAAUCAAACAAUAAAUGCCAUGUUGGAAAAUACCAUAAAA